UUUUCGCGGCUCACGUGAAUUUUUUUUUUUUUUUUUGAUUCAAUUAUAUUGAAUUUAAAAAUCAUGAUGAUGAUGAAUAUUGAAUAUGUUUCCUGUAAAAUAUCGGCCAUUUGUUGGCUACAUGAUGAUCAAUUCAUUCGACAAUCAAUCGAUUCGAAUGAAUUAUUUUGGCUUUGUGGUACACAUUUAUCGGCAAGUAAAAAUUUUCUAACCAUUUAUUCUAAACAAGAACCAAUCAACGAUCAACAACGAGCCGGUAUUGUACAGUUAAAAAAUUUUCGACAAUUAGUUAAUGCCAAUGUUGUCGGUUUGGCUAAUUAUGAUAAACGUUCAUCAUUUUAUAGCUUAUCAAAUGGCCAGAUAUCAUUAUUACAAUAUGAUCGAGAAUCAGGUUUUCAAACCGUACAUGAUUGGUUCAAUGAUGAUAUCAGUGAUCAUAAAACGACAGCCAUUAUUGUUAAUAAUCAAUCGGAAUUAAUUUCCUGUGGUCUUGAUGGUCGUCUCAUGUUUUUCGAUAUUCAUUCACGAAUAACAUCGAAAAGUCGACCAUUAACAUUGAAUUCACUUCAUUGUAUGGACAAAAUAUCCGAUAAUGAAUUCAUAUGUGGUACAACAUCUGGCCAUCUUAAAAUAUUUGAUCGUCGUAACGAAAAUGUUGAACUUAAUAUGGCCAAUGAAAUGUCAAUCAUAACGGCAGUGAAACGUAACAUUAAUAAUCCACAUAUUGUUGCCUGUGGUAAUGAUCUUGGAUUACUUUAUAUUUGGGAUCUUCGUAACAGUGGCCAUCGUCCAAUGCAACCUAUUUCUGUUCAUGGAGCUGAAAUCAAUUGUCUUAAAUACAUACCAAAUGAACGAAAUACAAUAAUGACAAGCAGUCUGGAUGGCCAACUAAUCAAAUGGAAUAUUUCCAAUGAUUUUGAAAUCGAUACUGUUGAAGCAAUCAUCGAUAAUAAAAAAAAUACUUAUCCAAUCAAUUGUUUUGAUAUAUACAAAAAUCAGAUUGUUUUCGCUGAUGAUAAUGAAGUUUUAUAUUUAACAUCAUUUUAA